ACUUACAGAACCUACUGAAGAACUUACCAGAAGAACACAAAGAGACAAAGAACUUACACACCAAGAAAUGACAAAAUUACCCACCGAAGGAUUUACAGAACCUACAAACAAAGAGAAAAAGACCUAUCUACCGAAAAAUGACAAAGAAGGAUCACUGAAGGAUGAUAAAGAGACAAAGAACCUAUCACCGAAAAACGACAAAAUUACUCACGAAGAAGAACUAUCAAAGGACUUGAACUCACCGACGAAGAGACAAAGAACCUACCCACUGAAAAAUGACGAAGAAUACCGAAGGAUGACGAAAAGACAAAGAACCUAUCACCAAAAAACGACGAACCACCGAAGGACUUAA